GCCUCCUGUCAGAUAGGCAGGGACUCCUGUAGCUGUCAGUGAGCGGGACCGUGUGUGAGUGUGUGUACAGUACAGUGCAGUACUAGAGUACAGUACAGUACAGUACGGCCCUGUCCACUGGGGUAAAUGUGUUCCCUGGAGCGACGGUGAAACAAAAUAACACCCGUGCGAGGACUCUGAGGACAACACAUGAGACACCGGACAGCCCCAUCGGCAUGGAGAAGGGCUUUGCGAGGGUGUGGAGGAAGACAGGGACCCGGCUGACGCUCCUCUAUCUCCUCCUUCUGCUAGUUGGACGUAUGAACGGUGAAGCAGGUGUUGCUCCUCCUGGGAAGCCCAGACUCAUCAACUGUCGAUCACCGGAGAAGGAGACCUUCACCUGCUGGUGGGAACCUGGUUCCAGCGGUGGUCUGCCCACCAGCUACACCCUUUUUUACCGCAAGGAAAACUCUGAUGUGGUCUACGAGUGUCCAGACUACAUCACAGCAGGCGACAACUCCUGCUUCUUCGACAAGAACCACACUUCCAUCUGGGUGAACUACAACAUUACAGUGGUGGCCCAGAAUGCCUUGGGAAACGCCUCAUCUGAUCCCAUGGAUGUGGAUGUUAUGAAUAUCGUUCAGCCCCAUCACCCGGAGAAUGUGACUGUGACCCUCAUGCAGGGAGAGAACCUGUACCUGCAGGUGAAAUGGCAGCCCCCGCGCAUGGCGGACACCCGUUCUGGCUGGAUCACCCUCACCUACGAGCUCCUGGUCAAGAGGGAAGAGGAUGACGAGUGGGAGGAAUACUUUGCCGGGCUGCAGAAGCAGUACCAGCUCUUCAGCCCCCACCCUGGGGAGACGUACAUGGUGAAGGUGCGCUGCAAGCCGGAUCAUGGCUACUGGAGCGAAUGGAGCGCUACGGCCUACGUGGAUGUACCUGAUUAUCUCCCUCGGGAGCGGUCAGUGUGGAUGCUCCUCGCUGUCUUCUCGGCCUUUGUCUUCCUGAUCUUCAUGUGGGUGCUGGCCCUGAAGAAGAACAGAGUGAAACAUUGUCUUCUACCCCCUGUCCCAGGACCAAAAAUUAAAGGCUUUGACAGCUGUCUUCUCAAGAUGGAGAAGUCGGAGGAGAUUUUCAAUGGUUUGAUUGGCCUAGGAUUCCGACCACCAUCAGAUAGCGGGGACCUGCUGGUAGACUACCUGGAAGUGUCUGAGAGCAUACAGUCAGAGUCCAGACACAGUCUCUCACCGAAUGGGAAAGACCAGGUGAAGGACUCUGUUGCUGACCAUUCUGGAGGGCAUCUCUGUGACGUUCCAGCUAUUCUGGCAGAGAAAUGCAACAAAGAGAUGGAGGCACAGGGUGAUGUACAAACUGAGGAAUCCUUAGAAACGGUUGGACACCUGGCUGGGAAUGACAACCAUACCCCUAACCCUUCCGCUGCCUCCUCCAAUCAGCCAUGUGUUCAGGAGUCUCCUUACCAUGUCCCAGAGGAAUCUAAACAGGGUCUAGACCCCGUCACCUGGGACAAUGAUGAACUUUCUAGUUACCGUGGCAAUGCACCGGUCCACGGUAAGUCACACUUCAACAGUGAAUAUGUUACGGAGAGGUGGCAGGGCUGUCUUCAGGUCACAAAGCCCACUGAAUAUGUGGAGGUUCAGAAGGUGAACCAGGAGAACACGCUGAUACUGAAGCCCAAAGCUGAGGAGGAAAUGGAGGACUUCCUACAACUGGGUUUGAGAGGACAGGACUACAGUAAGGUGAGUGAACUUGUCAAUGACCAUAUCCUCCUGCUGGAGAGGGGAUCGACUACUCCCAACACCUACUGUGGGUCCCUAGGGAGCCCCGUGCAACAGCAACCCAAGCAAACUCUCUGUCAGGGACCGAACGGCUACGUGGAAACAUUCACAGUGCAGUCCUCCUCCUACUGACUGGUACCAUCAGCUCUGAGAGGACCUCUUGUAUUUUUACAACUUGACUCUAGAAGAGAAGAGGGAAAGCCACCCGCUGUAUAUAUUCCCUUAUGAUAAAGGCUUUGUACUUCUUGGGACCAUUUAUCUCAAUUCCCAUUGUAUAUUUGCAUUUUCAGGACUUGCCACAUGCUGGUUAAUUUUCCCUCAUUUUGAGGUAUUGCAGCUACUCAAUCACUCCUAAAGAACAUGUUUUUGCCAAGAAGUUAAUGUCAGCUGUGUACAUAAAUCUUUUUUUUAUUUUGGCUUUGAACCACUGCAUUGACAGUAUCCUGCAUGUGAAAGCAUGUGGUUUAUUGCUCAGCUUCAGGAACUUUCUUUGCUCUGUUAUUUCUUCUCGACUCGCAAAAUGUCCAUUAACAACUUUCCUCCAUGUGUAGAAAUAUAUUUAGUUCUUUAGAUGAGCACUACUGGGUUCCGUAUGUAAAGUGCAGCUUGCAGCCAAUGAACCCAGGAUCAGGUAUUGAAUAAACACGUGCAGAAUAUGUUCUGUGUCCCGACAUAACACUUCUGAAGAUUGACUCCAGAGGCGGCGUGUUUGGACUUGUCGGCACGUUGCUGCCGUGUAUUUGUCAGAUGUUGCUACAUUAUUUCUGCAACCCUAAAUGUGAAGCGAUGUACACUGUAUUGACAUGCAAUAUGUUACCUAUUAUUUGCAUGUAUAGCUAAAUUAUUUUAACCAACCUUUCCAGCUGAGUUUUCUGUGAGAUUCUUACCCUACCCUACGCAUAUAUAAAUAGCUGUUGUAAAAAAUGCCUCUUUAAUUACAUUGUUACAUAACAUGUACCAUGUAUAUAAUAGUGUAUAUUUGAAUACGGUGCAAACAUGUAUAGAUGUUUUUAAGGAGGAUGGUAAAUGCAUGUAUAUACAGCUAUUAACAUUCACAGAGAAACUUGCAGGGACAUGCAUGUGAUUGUAAAAUAUGGCUUUGUUGUUUCACUGUCAUUAAUAGAAUGUAAAAAUCACUCCACUGCCAAGAGGUGAUUCUGACAGAACUCUGGAGAUAAGAAUGCCAGAUUUACGGAGGGUUGUAUCCAUCCUCUCAUCCCUCCUGGAUCCAGACUUGUCACAGUGUGCGUCUCAGCAUAUCCAUCAAUGAUUUUUCUUUGUAUGAUGGGGGUUGUCACAAGUAAUUCCUGUACAGAUAACAUAGCUGAUGCUGAUGAACAUAUUUGUGAAAACAUUUAGAAAAGUACCCUGCAGUGCGGUAUCUUUGUGUACCAUGAAACAGUCUUCAUUGUCUGCAACAUUUGCUGACCUCUUAGGAGUGGGUUUGGAGAUUUUUUACCAUUCAGAAAUCUCUAAACCGUCACACUUAAGUAAAAUGAGACUAUGUGUAUAUUUUAAAUAUGUCUUGUAAAUUUGGUUUUGUGCUCAUAAAAUUGGUUAUUAAUAAGAUCAUAUUAGUAAUAUAAUGGACCUGUUCAGAUGGAAUAUACGAGUAAGUGUAUGGAAGAUAUAAUUGUGAUGUUUCAUGUUGAAAUCAAGGGACCGUUGAUAUUGACAUAGUCUUGUGUUCAUACUGAGCAAACAGCUACUGUCCCAAACGAAGCGAAUAUGGGGAUAAAAGAACCGCUGCAGUCGAUGGCCGCUUGAGAUGCCUUGAACUGCCUGUAGGUCACACAGGUGAAGAGGUUGUCUUUUCUUUCUUAAUUAACACACAUUUUGGAGUUAAACAGCAUGAACCAGGAGGAGUCGCAUACAAUUCAAGGAAUGAGCUCUCAAAAGUAUUUGAGAAAUUGCGAGUCUUAGAUAUCGAGUGGUCAUCCGCAGUGCAUUAUAGGUCUGUGGCCACACUCUACAGUUAGGAGACAAGCAAUGAAGAGCUCUUUUUACACCCUUACACUGACCAAAUUCAAAAAUCCACAAUCUCAACAACCAUCUGUUUCUAGCAGUUUCUGGUGGCUUGUUUAGUUGUGGCUUGCUUUUUUUUUUUUUUUUUUUUUUUUUUUACAAAGAAAAGCCCAAAAUGGAUUGAAUUAUUGAUCAACAAGAAGUAUGAUUAUCCUACAAUGUCUUAAUCACCACUUGUAAAUAAGUGAGAUUUUCAAUGAGCUCUGCCGAAAAAGCUCUUCACUGUGAAAGAUGUCCAUCUAUAUCAGAUGAAUAAAUAAUAAGGAGCAGACUACUAAAUGGGAGCAUCCAGAUUAUGAAA